AUGGCAGGAUGUACCAAACCGCUGCCCUCUGCUACCGGGGGCCUUGCCUUUUCUCGACUACCGUCCGAUGAGAUCAGAAAGAUCUCAGUAAAGCAAAUUCAUGUCACUCCGGCGUUGGAUUCUAUGUUUGGGCCCAUUCCAGGUGGCGUACAUGAUCUGGCUUUGGGAGCUAUACAGGUGCUAGAUGCAAAUUGUUCAACAUGUCGCAUGAACGCAGUUCAUUGCUCCGGCCAUUGCGGACACAUCGAGCUACCAAUGCCUUGCUACCACCCACAGUACAUCGACUCGACCCUGCGUCUUCUACGAGCAAAGUGCGCCUACUGCCACCGGUUCAAAGCCGCCGCUAACGUCGUCAAUCAAACUGUCUGCGCAUUGCGGUUAUUGCAGUAUGGGCUCGUCGAAGACUACCAGAAGGUUCAGGCCAUGCAUCUUGGCGGGGGGAAGCCUAAGGAAGCCGGCGUGGAACUUGUCGAAGACGUGGUCGAAGAAGAGGAAGAGGAAGAGGUCGAGGAUCUAAUAGACCGACGAACAAAAGCGACCAACAAAGCAAUCAAGCGGGCACGUAAGAAAGGUCAGAUUGAUGCACAGGCUCUUAUUCGCAAUCCUGCGGCCGUUGCGGCUCGGAAGAGUGUCAUUUCCGAUUUUCUGAAAGAGGUACCAAAUCUGAAAAAAUGCGCCAACUGUGGAGGCGCCAAUCAGACUUACAGAAAGGACCGCAAUGUCAAGAUCUUCAAAAGACCGCUGCCACUCAAACAGAAAGAAGCGAUGCGUAUGCUUGGGAAGGAGGCUCCGAAUCCUCUGAUAUUUCUCCAAUCCGAAAAGCGGCAGGGAGAUGAGGCCAAAAAGCCGAUAGUCAAUGGGGUCCACAAUGAGGACAUGGAAAUGUCCGAAGCCGAUCGGUCGGAAGAAUCAGAGGUCGACGGUGCGGAGGAAGAGAUCGCAAUGCGAAAUGCGCUAGAGACAACGGCCGAAUCAAAGAAUGCAGAGAUGGAGGACGAAGACGAUGUGCAAGCAUAUAUGACUCCGAAUGAGGUCCAUGCCGCACUGACUCUUCUCUUUGACCGAGAACAGGAAAUCCUUUGCUUGAUGUACACCUCCCAACCCGGUCGGAAGAACGUGAUGGUGUCACCCGACAUGUUUUUUAUGACGGCUGUACUGGUUCCCCCCAACCGAUAUCGCCCUCUUUCCAGACAAGGCCCCAACCAAAUGCUUGAGGCUCAAGCGAAUGGCGUCCUCAAUAGGAUCAUCAAGGCGGCCAAUGACGUACGAUAUCUUCUCCGAGAUAUGAAGAGAGCCAAAACAGAUAGCACCGUACGCCCUCGCAGCUUGAAUGAGAGGAUUCAAGCAACAAUUGUCCUCCAAGAGACCAUCAAUGCCCUCAUAGAUUCUCCUCCCCCCACUUCGGGCAAGCCGGCCGAUCAAGGGAUCAAGCAAGUCUUAGAAAAGAAGGAAGGCCUCUUCCGAAUGCAUAUGAUGGGCAAGCGGGUGAACUUUGCCGCCCGCAGCGUCAUCUCCCCUGACCCCAACAUUGAGACGAAUGAGAUUGGUGUGCCUCUUGUCUUCGCGAGGAAGCUCACCUAUCCCGAACCGGUCACAAGCCAUAACUUUGAAGAACUGAGCCGGGCCGUGAUCAAUGGGAUGGAUAAGUAUCCGGGAGCAGCUGCGAUUGAGAAUGAAAAUGGCAUGGUUCUCAGCCUCAAGCGCAAGACGCUGGAACAGCGCAAAGCCCUAGCAAAGCAACUGAUGACCUCAACUGUCCCGGGGACUAAAGGAGAGAAUGGCAAGAGGGUGUAUCGACACCUUCAGACCGGCGACGUGGUCAUAAUGAACCGUCAACCGACAUUACACAAACCUUCCAUGAUGGGUCACCGUGCACGAGUCCUGACCAAUCAGAAAACGAUUCGGAUGCAUUAUGCGAAUUGCAACACCUACAACGCCGAUUUUGAUGGGGAUGAAAUGAACAUGCACUUCCCGCAAAAUGAACUCGCCAGGACCGAAGCGCUCCAAAUUGCGGACACUGAUCAUCAGUAUCUCUCCGCCACGGCCGGAAAGCCUUUACGUGGUCUGAUUCAGGAUCAUAUCUCGAUGGGUGUUCAAUUCACGAGUCGAGAUAUCUUCUUCGAUCGAGAUCAGUACCAACAGUUACUCUACAGCUGUCUCAGGCCCGAGGACUACAACACAGUUUAUGAGAAGAUUCUCAUGGUCGAACCCGCCGUCAUCAAGCCAAAGAUGCGCUGGACGGGUAAACAGGUUAUUACGACCGUUUUGAAGAACAUCACCCCCGAUCGAUUUCAAGGUAUCAACCUCACCAGCAAAUCGUCAACCUCUUCACAGCAAUGGGGCGAAAAGACAUCCAACGACGCUACGGAAUGGGACGUGACCGGCGACACUGUCGCCUUCCGGGACACUGAACAAGUCGUGAUUUUUCGAGAUGGUGAACAUCUGUGUGGGAUCCUCGACAAAAGUCAACUGGGCCCCAGUCCGGGAGGUCUCGUUCACUCCGUCCAUGAGCUUUAUGGUCAUAUCACGGCGGGGAAGCUGCUGAGUAUCCUCGGCCGAUUACUGACACGAUUUCUCAAUGAACGCGCCUGGUCAUGUGGAAUGGAUGAUCUUUAUUUGACCGAAAAGGGGGACCACCAACGACGUGAAGAGUUGAGCAAGGCCAAAGGGGUGGGCCUGGAAGUUUCGGCGGAAUACGUUACCCUGAAAGUAGAUGGCCGGGACCAAGCGAGCCAGCAGCUUCGAGAUCGACUCGAAAAUGUCCUUCGUAAUGAUGAUCAACUCAAUGGCUUGGAUCAGCUCUACAACGCCAAGGUCAAAUCAAUAACGGAUAAUGUGUCCAAGUUGUGUCUCCCUGCUGGUCUGCGGAAACCCUUCCCGCGCAACCAAAUGCAAGCCAUGACCCUAUCUGGUGCCAAAGGGUCCGGUGUCAAUGCCAACUUGAUCUCUUGUAAUCUUGGACAGCAGGUUUUGGAAGGCCGGCGAGUGCCCACCAUGGUCAGUGGCAAGACGCUACCCUCCUUCCGCGAAUUUGAAACGGACCCUGCUGCUGGUGGAUACGUCUCUGGCCGAUUUUUGACCGGCAUCAAGCCUCAAGAAUAUUUCUUUCACGCAAUGUCGGGCCGAGAAGGGUUGAUUGAUACCGCGGUUAAAACGUCCAAGUCCGGCUAUCUACAACGUUGUAUCAUCAAAGGCCUCGAAGGACUCCGCACCGAAUACGAUACUUCGGUUCGCGAAAGUUCCAACGGACGCAUGAUUCAAUUCCUGUACGGAGAAGACGGCCUUGAAGUCACCCGACAGAGGCAUUUGAAGGAAUUCACUUUCCUGGCGGAAAACCACCAGUCCGUGGCUACAUUGAUGAAGGCAGAGGAAGUGCUCUUCAAGAUCCCGAACCCGGGAUUAGUCGCCGAGCAGAAAGCCAUCCUCAAAGCGGUGAAGAAAGGAAAGGCCAAAGACCCGUUGACCGCUCGUUUUAGCCCGGCAAGCCAUCUGGGGAGCACAUCGGAAUCCUUUGCCGGUGCUUUACAGGAAUACAUGAAGGACAAUCCUGAUCGGCUCAUCAAGGAAAAGAAGACCAAUCCCAACGGCAUAGUCAACAGAAAGACUUUCCAAUCGAUCAUGGACUUGAAGUACAUGAAGUCCAUUGUCGAUGCGGGCGAAGCCGUCGGCGUGGUGGCCGCUCAAUCAGUGGGCGAGCCGUCGACUCAGAUGACCCUGAACACGUUCCACUUGGCCGGUCACUCGGCCAAGAACGUCACACUGGGGAUUCCACGUCUACGAGAGAUCGUCAUGACGGCGAGCGCGAAAAUUAUGACACCGACCAUGACUCUCAAGCCGAUCGAAGAACUCACGGUUGAACAGGGCGAACGAUUCGCCAAGAGUAUCAGUCGCUUAUCCCUGGCGCAUGUCAUUGACAGACUGACCGUCACGGAACGCGUCGGUGGCGGCAGUGGACACGAACGUGAGAAACUCUAUGACAUCCAGAUCGAGUUAUAUGACCCUGAAGAAUAUGAGCAGGAGUAUGCCAUUCAUCGCCACGACGUCCUUCAUUGCUUGGAGGACAAGUUCUUGAAAAAAUUAGACAAGAUGAUCAAGGAUGAAUUCAAACGAAAAGCACGGGAAUCGUCGCAUUCAGAGGUCACAGCAGCCGUCCCAGACGUCGGUGCUUCCGUUGGUGUGGUCGAGGAAUUUCGACCACAUAAUCGAGGGGGCAGGACGGAGAGAGAAGGUGGUGAAGAUGAUAUCGACGAAGACGCCGAUCCGGAGGACGCAAAAGAUGCAGCCGCGAGGCGCCGGCGGGAGGAUACAUACGAUGAACCCGAUGACGAGGAACGUGCCAUGGCCAACGAGUCUGACGAUGAAGCGAUGAGUGAGGAUGAGGACGGUGAAGCGAAGAGAUCAAGAGGAGCUUCUCAGCCGGCGCAGAACCUCCGAGAGCUAGACCCGGACGACACCGAGAACCCGGAUGAUGCGGAAGAUUCAGAAGCAGAGGCUCGACAGAACCAGCUCAAGGCGAACAACCCCCAUCUGAAGAAGUUCAGUUUUGUCCGGAGCCAAGGAAAGUCCUGCCGCAUUGUCCUCGGCUAUGAUUCCAACACGCCUAAGCUCCUUCUGCUACCGCUUCUGGAGAAGUGUGCACAUGCCUCGGUGAUUCAAUCGAUCCCGAAUCUACGCGCCUGCGCAUUGUUCAUGGAGGAUGUCCUCGGUCCAGAUGGAAAACCGGUCAUGCGAAACAAUAAAGAGACCGGGGAACCCGAACCAGUCAAGGAACCCGUCAUUACGACCGAAGGGGUGAAUCUGCUGGCCAUACGCGACUAUCAGGAUCAGAUCUAUCCCCAUUCGAUAUAUACGAACUCGGUGCACGAUAUGCUAAAGUAUUACGGCGUCGAGGCCGCGCGGAUGACCAUCGUCAAGGAAAUCGACGGUGUCUUCAAAGGCCACGGCAUCUCGGUUGACUUGCGGCAUCUGAACCUCAUCGCCGAUGCGAUGACUCAAUCUGGCUUUUACCAGCCCUUCAGCCGCCACGGUCUGGUGAAGGAAAGUGGCAGCGUGCUGGCGAAGAUGAGCUUCGAGACCGUCAUGGGCUUCCUCAGGGAUGCGGUCCUGUUUGGAGAGAGUGAUCCCUUACUCGGACCUAGUGCGAGAAUUGUUGCCGGCAGAAGAGGAAAUGUUGGCACGGGGGCUUUCGACGUCGUGAUGCCUGUGCAUUGA